UUUGUAUUGUUCUGGAAAGAGGAAAGUAGUUGCUAAGUAGCGUUAUCCUACUCGUCCCACUUGUUUCUUGGCAAACUGUCAUUAUUUUGGUGGGAUAAGUAUUGGCUGGAAUCAUUUGAAGACUUGUUGAGAGGAAUAAAGAUUGAAAGCUGCGAUGGCGUCGCCGCUGGAGAUGACAGAGAUGUACGAUAAUGCUCUUCUGGGGAUCCUGCAGCAUGUUGGGAACAUUCAGGACUUUCUGCAGGUCUAUUUUGGGUUCUUGUACCGCAAGACGGACUUUUAUCGCCUGCUGUCGAGUCCCAAUGAUAAGAUGGGUUUCCCUCCAGGUGUGGCAGAGAAGAUGGUGCUUAAGACAUAUAAGUCAUUCGAGAAGCUGGCGGAGCACGACAGAGAGAGAGCAGUGAGCAAUCUGAAGAAGAGAGAGGAGACUAGGUAUGUUCCUCCUGCAGUUCAGGAGCUGGAGGUUGCCUCUGAGCCUUGUGAUGAAACCAAGCAGCAGAGUACAGAGGCGGUGCAGAUGGAGAACUCCCCCUCACGUUCUGGGGAUGUUUCAGCUCCAGCAGCCUCAGGCACAUCCAUCUGCUCUCAGCAGGAUAGCAGCAGCAGUCCAGCAAUUUGUGGAGAUCAGGCAGCUGCAGCCAACUCGAAAUCCAAAGCAGGACGUCAAGAAAACUUCCAGUCCAAUCCCGACAGUUACAAUGGGGCAGUGAGGGAAAAUUACAGCUGGUCUCAGGAUUACAUGGAUGUGGAGGUCCGCGUGUUUGUGCCCAAGACGGUUGUUAAAGGCAGACAGGUCAGUGUUAGUCUGCAGACCAGUGGCGUGAGAGUAUGUGUGAGGGAUGGAGCCGAAGACAAGACACUGAUGGAGGGUGAAUUCACUUACAAGAUCAACACUGAAAACUCUCUGUGGAGUCUGGAACCUGGACACUGUGUGGUUUUGUCACUGAACAAGACAUCAGAGGUUUGGUGGAAUGCGGUGCUCAAAGGCGAAAAGGAGAUUGAUAUAAACCAAAUUAACCGUGAGCGUUCCAUGGCAACAGUGGAUGAGGAGGAGCAUGCUGUUCUGGACAGGCUCACAUUUGACUACCACCAGAAGCUGCAGGGAAAGCCACAAAGUCACGAAUUGAAAGUGCAUGAGAUGCUGAAGAAGGGAUGGGAUGCUGAAGGGUCACCUUUCAAAGGGCAGGACUUUGACCCAUCUAUGUUUGACAUCCCACCGAGUGCCGUGCAGUUCUGACAUGCCACAAAACCUCAGCCAAACAUGAACUGAAGCAUCUCCAUUUAAAGAGCUCAUGGCAGCAGAGGCAACACUUAUUAACACCUUUGAAAUGCUGGAAUGAUGGAAGUUUGUCCCUAAUAAAAGAAGCUGCAAAUUUUGCAAAUUUGUUGAGAUUGGUGGGAAGGGAAUAUUUCCGUAUUCUGACAGGGAUGAGUCAUUAAAUUGAAGCUGAUAUGUACUAUUGUA